AACCCGGAAGUGACAUUAAUGAUCUUUCUUGUCAUUGAUCUUGAAGCCGGAUUAAAUUCCUUACGUUUGUUAGGACACAAUGUCUGCGUUAAAUGGCGUCGUGAAUAAAUCGCUUCCUUUUCUGAAAUUUAAUGUUAAUUGUUCCCGCAGUCAUUUGCCGGUGUUUUUCUUUGCCGUUUCACUUGUAGGAUCUUUAUUGAAAGAACUGGAUGUUGUGCCGAACUCAUACUUCAGCAACAGAGGAAACCUCUUGAACGUCUAUUUUGUGAAAGUCUCCUGGGGAUGGAACCUGGUCCUGUUGACCCCGUUUAUAUAUCUGUCCAACUCCCAAAACAAUAGCGCCAUCAUGGUGUCCAAACGCCUCGCAUCUCUUUUGGUAGCCACGGCCAUUUGGUACUUGUGCACUGAGAUGUUCUUCUGCAUUGAAAAUGUCACAGGGGCAUGCUACGGGUCAGACGACAUGCAAACAAUCCUGGAGGGUUUCAGCACAAAGACGGAAUGCAAAAAUGCUGGCAACUAUUGGGAAGGUUUCGACAUUUCCGGCCACUCUUUCAUUUUAUCUUACUCCACACUCCUAAUCGUGGAAGAAAUGGUUCCGAUGCUAUACCUUGUGGAAAAGUGCCGAAACACCACGAUCCUUGAUGCCAUGUACCUCGCCCUUACUGCUAUUGCACUUAUCUGGGUGUGGAUGUUUGCCUGCACCUCUGUGUAUUUCCACAACCUGAUCCAGAAGAUUCUGGGCACUGGAUUUGGUGUGUUGGGGUGGUGGGUGACCUAUAAGUUUUGGUACUUGAAGCCUUUUUCACCGGGACUCCCUCCUUUCCAGAGUAAGCUUAAACAAAUGGACUAGACUGAAUAUUUGAAAUAAUCACAGUGGAACAAACUGACAUGCAAAGCUACAACACCAACCUUUUGACUGGGGUUAUUUGCAGGUUCACUACAUGUGCUGUGUGUCCUUUUUAAAGGUCGGUUAUGACCAAGGGAUUUGUGUGUUUGUCUCAUGGAGUUGGCCAGCAGCUGGUGUUCCAAAACUGACUCUGUAAUCGGAGAGUGUAAAGCUUUUUGUUGCCUUUUAAUAUAAGUAGCUUCAGAUGGAGGAUUCAUGAAAUCUUCUCAGUGUGCAGCUUUGCAUGUGUUUGCAUACAAUCAGUGCUUUAAGAGUGUGUCCUACUGCUAAACCUUCUAGAUGUUUUCACUGGUCCAUCAGCCAUUUAAACAAACAAAAAAAAAAUCUCCUUAACACUAGAACACAGUUUCAGUUCAAGCGAAACUUAAUCAUAAAAACAAAUGUAAAUUGUUAUCUAUAGCAUAGCUAGACCUUAUAUUUGUUUAUAUGCCAGUUAUGUUGAAUUCUUUAUUCUGAUUGGUCAGAAGGUGGUGUUACAUUUUGUUUUCAGACUACAAGGCAAACCUCAGGUUCAUAUGUGUUCAAAUGUGCUAAUCUAAUAUGUUGUUUCUAUAGCGACAGCUUGUUCGAUGGACGUUUCACCUAAACAUAUUGUAAAACAUGAGUAAAAGAGGAAAUUAUUCAUUGUGGUUUCUAAGUAAUGUGUUGUAUUUUUUGGUCUUAUUAAUUAUUUAAUUAAUCCGGCGUUUAAAAAAAAAAAAAAAAAAAAAACCUGUGCCAAAUUGAAACAUGUGGAAGAGAUGAUCCUCUGUGGCCACCCCACACAGGGAGCAGCCAAAAGAAGAAGAGCAACAACAUUAAUUAUUUAAUUAAAGAGAAACUGUAAAAGAAUUUAAAAAGUAUGUUACUGUCAGCAAAUUCCAGGAAUAAUACACUUUUGGGCUUUUGGGUAAAUAAUCAACUUCAAGCUUUCACUGUAUAAUCAUCUACUUCAUUGAUUAUUCUCCAUGACUGUGAGCUUUGUUGGAUUUUAUCCUGUUCUAAGUGUCCUUCAGUGGCUCUGUGUCAGGUUUAGCCGAGCGCAUUGGCUUCUUAUGUAGAGCACCAUCUUGCACCAAAAUUUGUUAAUUAUCCUGCAUUCAUCCAUACAGAAUAGGUAGCUACAAUCAUUAUUUUGCUUUGCCCUCUACUCUGUCGCUCUGUCUUUCUCUCUAUUUGAUUCCAUGUCUCUGCUUAUCUAUGACUUAUGUUUUACCGGUGGUUGUUCCUCAUUACUAGUUUUCUGUCAAACACUAGCGUUUGGGAUAUACUGUAAAUAUCGCCUCAUUAUGUUAUUUUGUUAUAACGUAACAUGCGAUUUGAGUAAGUGUUAGCCCUUAUGAUCAUUUGUACUGCUCAGUUAGUUAUUGUUGAUGGCUGAAUAUUAUUUAGACCAGUGUCGUGCGUUAAAGAUGUUUGCAAAUGUCGCACAUCAUAAAAUUACCUCUGAGUGUAAUGCAGGUUUUCCUAUACCAUGUUUGAAACAUCAGCUAAAUAUUUACCUGUAAAUGUCAUAUAUUAUGACACCUUAUGACUGCCUUUGGGACUAAAAGUAUUGAAUGCUCUGCGUUUUAGACAUUUGGGUGUAACAAAAGUGGCUUGUUUUGAUUAACCCCUUAAAGUCCAAGUUAUUCAUAAUUUAGUCUAUUAUUCUGUUAUUUUGAAUUAUUCACUUAUAGAUAAAAGUCUGAGACAUGGGAUAUUAGAAAUGUUCCUGGGAUGUAAAGGGGUUAAACUUUUAGAUGUAUAUUAAUUUUAAUCACUGUGUGUUUAUGAGGACUUGUAUCAGGGACCUGACUGACUUACAACAUUGCCAUGUAAAAUCUUCACAUGGAUUAAAAAUCAUAUUUUG